UUUCAUAAAACGUUAUACAAAUUUGUUUGAUCGAUACUCAUCUAUCGAACUUUCAAAGUAUUGGAAUAUAUCAGUUCUAGUUAGAUAAAAAAAAUGCCCGGUAAAGGCAAAAAGAAACCUGCCGGUAAAGGCGGUAAGGACUCCGGUGAUAAAAAUGCCGAUUCCGCCAACGUCGGUGGCGGUGAGGACGAUGAAGCCGACGAAGAAGAAGCGGAAGUUAAACCGAAAAAAGGAAGAGGAAAGAAAGGCAAAGGAAAAGGAGGAAAAUCUUCCAAGUUUCAGGGUGAUCUGUUCAGCGAGGCCGCCAUGGAGAACGCCUACUAUGUGUGUCACAACAUACAGGAUGUCUUGAAGUCACGUGGUUUUGCAUGGCCAGAUGGACAGAAGAAAAAGAAGAAAGGUAAAAAAUAAUUCCUCUGGCUGCCCGAACGGUUUGAGUGGAAGCAAUGGCAUCAUCUACUUAGUCUAACCGUAGGCGUUUUGCAGUAGUUAGACAAUUUCGAUAUGGUCACGACACGGGGGGAGUGGCUUGAAUGUGUGAUGUAUGAUUUGUAUAGAAAACAAUGUAAAACAUAAAACCGAAAUAAACUGUAUAGGGUGGAAAUCUAUCGUUGGAUGAUUUACUCAGUUUUUUUUUCGAUUUUCAA